UAAAGGUGAAUAAAAACCUAAAUUAUUAUAAGUAGUUAAACGCAUGUAAUGACACUAUACUGUUGAUUCAUUUGAGGUCCUCCAUUUCAAGUUUUCUGCAAAUCCCAGGAGACACUGCAGAUAGCUAGAAACUAAUCAAUUGCUGGUUUGAAGAAGAAUGAAUAAUGGGGGCGCAAAACGGAUGAAUGGCGCAGGCGAAGAGGACGAUGAUGAAGACUACGUGAAUGGGGACCUUGAUGCGUGGGAGAGAACUUACACCGAUGAGAGGUCGUGGGAAUCUUUGCAAGAGGACGAGUCAGGGCUGCUUCGACCUAUUGACAACAAGGCCCUUUAUCAUUCUCAGUAUCGUCGCCGGCUUCGGUCCCUUUCUUCCACUGCCACUGCUGCUCGGAUCCAAAAGGGCCUCAUUCGAUAUCUCUACAUUGUUAUUGAUCUUUCCCGGGCAGCUUCAGAGACAGAUUUUCGACCAAGUCGUAUUGUUGUUAUUGCAAAACAUGUUGAGGCCUUCAUCAGGGAGUUUUUUGACCAGAAUCCUCUUAGUCAAGUUGGCCUUUUGACUAUCAAAGAUGGGGUUGCUCAGUGCUUAACAGAUCUCGGGGGUAGUCCUGAGUCUCAUAUCAAAGCUUUGAUGAAUAAGUUGGAAUGUUCAGGUGAUUCCUCCUUACAGAAUGCAUUGGAUCUCGUAGAUGGGUAUCUGAAUCAAAUUCCAUCAUAUGGUCAUCGUGAAGUUCUUAUAUUGUAUUCUGCUCUCAGUACUUGUGAUCCUGGAGAUAUAAUGGAGACCAUCCAGAAAUGCAAGAAAUCUAAAAUAAGGUGUUCAGUUAUUGGACUUGCUGCAGAAAUGUUUAUAUGCAAACAUCUCUGCCAGGAAACUGGAGGAACAUACUCUGUUGCAUUAGAUGAGUCCCACUUUAAAGAGCUAAUAUUAGAGCAUGCACCCCCACCACCAGCCAUAGCAGAAUUUGCAACCGCUAAUUUGAUCAAGAUGGGAUUCCCUCAAAGAGCAGCUGAGGGUUCUAUAUCCAUUUGUUCGUGUCAUAAGGAAGCUAAGGUUGGUGCAGGGUACGCUUGUCCAAGAUGCAAAGCACGUGUUUGUGAGCUGCCUACAGAAUGUCGUAUCUGCGGGUUGACACUCGUGUCUUCACCCCAUUUGGCUAGAUCAUAUCAUCAUCUCUUCCCUAUAGCACCAUUUGAUGAGGUGCCUCCAUCUAAUUUAAAUGAUCCAAACCACAAACUGCAAAGAAAUUGUUUUGGAUGCCAACAAAGCCUCCUCAAUCCAGGAAACAAACCUGGCCUUCUGGUUGUGUGCCCAAAGUGCAAACGGUACUUCUGCCUCGACUGUGAUAUUUAUAUUCACGAGAGUUUGCACAAUUGCCCAGGCUGUGACAGCUUCAGGCAUUCCAAGGCAGAUUAAGAAUGAGAAUGGCAUUGCCCCGGAGAUUCAUAGUUCAUAGUUGUUAUAACAUAUGCCACUCUCUUUUAACAUAUGCACCCAUUUUUGAGAUAGUACACCUACAAAUGGUCCCCUUUCUGUCGUUAUUGGUGUUGACUCUGAGAAUUUAUAAUGUUGGGACCAUGAAUGCAACUUAGGUUCAAUGUUUCUCAUCU